GCUGGAAGUGACGUACUUCCUUCGCGGUAAAUGGUGCUGCAUGCGACAGAUGCCAGCGGAGAAAUACAGCAACACAGAAGUCUAAACAGGUGCAAUUCAAACUUUCUUCGGAGCUGGCCAAGUAGAAGUUGUCACUAUGUUGCACGCGUCACAGUCUGCAUGUUGAUGUAGAACAUCGCUUGUUGCGCAACAUCUUCAACGCGCGCCUUCCAUCCCAUCAGCUUUCUAAAGUUCCGCCCUCUGGAAAGACAGGAACUUUCCCCACUGCACUAAAAACUGCUGUUGUGAAACCCCUUCUGAUGAAAAUAAUCUAAAGCAGGAUCAUGUGGGUUUAGAUCCGCUAUCAGGCAUGUUGAGGUGGAAAUAUGAGCAAGGCCAGAUCCAGCUGGGACAAGAGGUCCCCCCAGGGGCCUGCCCUCACCAGGGUGACCCGUAGCUCCACCCCCCAGGCCUGGCACACAGAGCCGCCCCAGGACUCUGGGCCUGGCCCACAUGGGACCCAGCAGAGGAAGCAGACAGACUCAGCCCUACCCCUGGCCCAGGACCUCAGUCAAAUGAGCGUGAGUGGACAGGACACCUCACUACCACGGAAAGGGAGGGUGUCUAAGGGCAGCAGUGGCCCCAUCCAGGCGGGUCCGUCGUCCUCUGCCUCUAAGCCUACACAGAGCUCCCCCUCUGGGCCGGCAAUGAAUCCCUCUCCCCGGGGAGGCCUGGCUGCUGUGGCUCGACUGGUGAAACUGGGGCGCUGUAAGAACGUGGUGGUGGUGGCCGGUGCAGGCAUCAGUACGGCCAGCGGUAUCCCAGACUUUAGGACCCCGGGCACAGGGCUGUAUGCCAACUUGGCCAAGUACAACAUCCCCUACCCGGAGGCCAUCUUCAACAUCGAGUACUUCUCCAACGACCCUCGGCCCUUCUUCUCCCUGGCCAAGGAGUUGUACCCAGGCAGCCACCGACCCAACUACAUCCACUACUUCAUCCACAUGCUGCACCUCAAGGGCCUGCUGCUCCGCAUGUACACCCAGAACAUUGACGGCCUGGAGAAGAUAAGUGGCAUCCCAGACGAGAAGCUGGUGGAGGCUCAUGGAAGUUUUGCGACUGCUUCCUGUCACCUGUGCUACACCCCAUUCCCUGCCCAGGAGGCCAAGACUGCAAUAAUGAGUGACAAGGUCCCGGUCUGUACAUUCUGCCAGGCCACGGUCAAACCGGACAUAGUGUUCUUUGGAGAGGACCUUCCUGAGAAGUACUUCCUGCAUUCUAAAGACUUCCCUAAAGCUGACCUGCUCAUCAUCAUGGGCACGUCUUUACAGAUUGAGCCCUUUGCCAGCCUGGUGAACACAGUGAGGUCCACGGUUCCGCGGCUGCUCCUGAACCGGGACGCAGUGGGUCCCUUUCAGAAGGUGCCCCUGAGGAGGGGCGACUACAUAGAGCUGGGGGACCUGGUGGACACGGUCAGGAGGUUUGGUGAAUUCCUAGGGUGGCAUUCCGAGAUCCAAGACCUGAUGACCAGUCAGGAAAAUGGGACCAUCCCUACUCUGGUAAGCAAUGUUUCAUCAGGAAGGGGCCGAGAAGGGCCUACCCAGACCAAAGCUACUGGCCUGGGGAGGAGAGGGGCAUCAGAGCCCCGAGGAAGGUUGCCCCCUAAGUCCAGGCCAGGGGCCCGUGGCCCCACUAACGGCAGCAGUGAGAGCGACUCCGAGUCAGACAGCAAGAGCAUAGUUUCAUCCAGCCCAAGUAAAUGAAACUGAACAUAUCCCCUGGCCCCCCCCCCCCCCAAAAAUACACUCAUUUCAAUUGGUCGAGGAAAUACUGGUAAAAGUUUGUGUCAGCGUCUGCUGACGUGUGCAUGUGUAUAGUAUGAAUGUUUCAAAUCAAUGCAAAUUGACAUUUUCAGCACUUAAGUGAACCUCUUCGUUGUUUGAAAUGGCCGGCAAAGUGAGGAUUCGGGGGUUUGUCUAAAUGGGGUGGGGGGGGGUGUAAAUGGGUAUUCAGGCUUGGGGGAGGAGGGCAGGAACUUGGGCUUAUGCCCAGUUUGUAGAGGACAGUGGUAAAUUACCAUGGGAGACGUGACCUCCCGAGUUUGCAGUGUCCCGCUGUGUGUGUUUUCAGACACCGCUGCCACUGAGUGGGGGGCUCCUUCCAAAACUCAUAAAUGUCUCUGCCCCUCAACAAAGGACCCAAUAUCUGUGUAUGUGCGCAUUUGAAACGUAUGCAGAGUUUGCUCUGAGUGACAGGUUCCAUGCUCUGUCAAUGUUGGCCUAAUGCAAGUAUUCCAUUUUGCACAAACUCAUUGCACUGUUCUCCACAGGUCACUUGUACACCCGUCUAUGCAUUACCCCUCUGGGAUUCAACACUUCACAUUUUGAAUUAAAGACCAUUGAGCACUUGUAUUUUCAGGACAAAAGAUAAAAUGAUCCUUUUUUAAAUGUUUUGACUUAUGAAUGGGCAGUUUCCUUUUUUCAUCAUCCUCAUGAAAGGUUCAGAAGUUUCAACGCCAGGAUAAGGGUUGUCCUUAAUUCAUAUUUGUGGUUUUAACUGUGUACUUCAUGUAUUCCUUUUGGUUAGAUUUAUUUUGGACAGGACUGUAUUGUUAUUAAUUGUACAAAAAUACAUAUUUAAUAAUAAAUUAAACUUAGCCUUU